AUGGCACGCGCAAAGCCAUAUCAACGCUCGUCCUCUGACAGCAGCGUCAAACGCGGCAACUCGGAUGGACUCUGGAGACAUGAUCUGCAUCAAUCCGGAUAUGGCUCUCCCUCUUCAUCCAAAUCUCUGCUCGCCCGCAUGUCAUCAGACAAAUCGAACGGAUCAAAGCCCAAGCCAUCGCUCCUGGAUAGAAUCUCUGGAGGCAAAGGUCGCGAGCUGAUUCCUUCAUCCUCCAAAGCCUCUUCGACAUCCUCGUCAGAACCUAAGCUCUUUGGUUUCGGUUCAAAUCCCGUCAACGUCAAUAGUAAUCCAAAUGCUGGAUUGGAACUCAUACCGGGAUCGAGCGCUACGCGACGUAACAAUGGAGGUAAUGGGUCACAGCUGAACAAGGGCCGCCUGGUUCAGAGUGGUUUUGAUGCCGCACUCGGUACAUCCCAACCUCGACGUCAGGUCGUCAGGCCUUUGAUACAGGAAAGGGAGUCAGUCAGUAUCCUCGGUGCCGGAAGGAGUACAGUCCUCGUGAGGGUGGAAAACUUGGCCGUCGGUACAACAGCAGACGACGUAGUGUCUGCAUUCGCCUCCACGCCUAUUGAGAAUGCCCGCGUGACAUCCCCUUCGACAUCUUCAACGGUGACAGUGGAAUUGGACGUGUCGACUCGAGCAGCGGCAGACGAUCUCAUCCAGCGAUACGACGGAGCAGUGGCGGAUGGUAACGCUUUACGUGUACAAAUAGUCAAGCAGAGUCUGGUCGAGCGGAUGGGAGGUGCGACUAGUGGAGGAGCAGGUACCGGACUUGGACCCAUGAGGAAUGGAUCCAGUGGUGCGAGAAGAAAUGGGGCAGGUCAAGAACUCCUUGGACCAACGAGCGGAAGCAAGAUGUAUUCCGAUACAAUCCUCAUCUCCGACCCAUCCGCUAGCAUUAUCACCCUCGCUCAACAACAAGAACAGGCUGAUCGCUUGAAUCGCGCUCAACGGGCGGAUGCUUGGUCAAGGGGCGCUCCGACAUUGCUGGACAGGAUGAGCGGCGGCGGCAGAAGAGGUCAGAUCGCUGGCGGGGGGAGGUCCGGAGGGAUGAUGGUGGAUUAG